AUGCCGGCCGAGAGCGUGUCUGUCUUGCUCUUGGCUGGCGUUAUCGAAACCUUGCCUUGCUUCCAUAGCCCGCCUAACCAUGUUUCCUAUGAGCGCCCUGUCAUCGAGAAUGAGGUGCAAGUUCUAUCUCGGACUUUGAAACACGGUUUAGCCGAGUUCGCUGUGCCAAUGCUAGCAUCAUGUCUCUUUCUCGACAGCUACCCACCGGACUCGCAUUGUUUUGAACCGAGUGAGGUUUUCUCGAAGCUCUAUGCUCGAGCUUUCGAUGGAGUUUGCCCGGACAGUCGCGUAAUUGCCUUUUCCGAUUCCGCUGACGUGCUACUACGCACUGGCCUCCUUCAGAUGCUACAACAGCAUUUUCAACGAUACUUCGCGGAGCACACUCAGCCAGACGGAUUGUCCGCAGUUGCGAUUCAUCAGAGAAACCUAAAGCGAUUCUGCGGUCGGUGGGGGGCCCUACGAAGCGAACGUACCUGCCUCAGCUGUACACUACGCACUCCGCAGUAUGCACUCGAGUGCAGCCAUAUGUUGUGCGAAAACUGCGUCGUUAUACACGGCGAACAAGAGCAGCACCAUCCAUAUCUAUAUCGUGUUUGUGUGUGUCCUCUUUGCCACAUGGGAAUGCAGCGGGAGAUCCGAGUUCGUGUGCAUCCACCGACGGCAGGCGUUAGUAUCCUUUGCAUUGACGGCGGAGGCACGAGAGGCAUCGUACCGUUGACGAUCAUGCAACGCAUCCAGGACUGUAUCGACCUCCCAAUCCCUUUCCAGCAAUAUUUCAAGCUCGCGUUCGGUGUGAGCUCCGGAGGGCUAAUCAUCAUGAACAUGUUUUUCAACGGCUCAACUAUUGAGGAGUCCACUCAGCUGUUUAAGCAGAUGGCGGUUGCCAUCUUCAACCCGCGUAAAAGCUGGGGUCUGCCGGUACUUUCGCGUUUCUGGCGGUCCGUCAUGACAAUCUUCGCCGAUGGGCUGUAUCCGGUAAAAGACAUCGAGAGUGUGCUGAAGAAGGUCUUUCAUCCAGGGCAAAGUAUCCUAGGCGCAUCCUUUGCGACAGCUGCAGGGACCAGGAUAGGUCUGCCAGUGGCAACAGUGCACACACAUCCAGCGUGUCGUAUCUUCACGAACUACAACGGGGUUGGUGCGAGGCUUGCGAGUCCAACAGGUGAGCCCACCAUUCGGGCGGAAGAUGGAUUUGGGAAGGUGCCGCAAUGGGAAGUCGCUCGUGCCAUCUCUGCCGCCCCAGGAUUCUUCCCAGCUGCCCACAUCGACCAAGUCGGGACGUUCCAAGAUGCCGGGCCGCUCGAGAACAACCCCAUUAGCCAGGCGCUGUCGGAGAUGCGCGCGCUGUUUCCGUACGUCGCGGAGCCAGACAUGGUCUUGUCACUAGGUACGGGCGAGCCAGCACCAGCAGCAUACGAGGCCGACAAGCAGGACCGCCGUAGCCUGCGCAAGUCUGGCAUGUUCACGAGGGCUCGCGAUCUCCUUCUGGAGAAGAUGCGUGACGGAACUGUGAGACGUGUAUUGAACGGCAUCCGCUCCGCGACCCAGACUGCGCAACGCAUCCAUCGCCUUAAUGUUCAUUUCGAAGGGUCGGAGCCGCGGCUUGACGAUACCGCUAUGAUACCUUCGCUCGCGUCCCUGGCUGCAGGUGAUGUGAGAAUCUCGGGCGGCGUUGAGGCUGUGGCCCGCGCCGCAGUCGCGUCGCUCUUCUAUUUUGAGCUAGACAGAAUGCCGCAAGGACCAGGGGAAUCUCUAGAGGUCGCCGGCAGCAUACGCUGCGUCUUGGGCCCGGCCGACGAUGGUUUUGAUGCGCUGAUAAGGCGGCUCGCAGAGGGCAAGGCAUGCUUUAUGGUGGAUGUGCGGCCUCUUCCCGGUGUGGUUGGCGACCGAUCCUUCGCCGACGCUAGUGGAAGAUUCUGCAAAAGAAUCGAAUUCGUGUCGCGUGGACAGUUCACAUUGUGGCUCAAGUUGGAUGAUGCGACAACUCACAUCAGUGGCUCGCCCUUUUCGAUUGACCGACUCAUCAAAGCCCAAGGCCUGGACGCGCAAUUUGGACGCGCUGAUCACCAAAAGAGGAAAGCAUCAUUUGACCAUAAUAAUGUUGGGCGACGCAAGAAGCAGAGAAUUAGUUAGCGUCAAUUUGUAUAUUAUAGAUAUAGGGGUAUAUAUAGU